AUGGGCUUCAAGGACAUGCUCAGUCGCAAGCUGUCGAGAUCUGGUUCGAUGGCUGAAAAUUGCCUGCCGACUAAAUCAGAAGGUAGCGCUACACCGAAUGGUGCUCCAGUCUCAAACAACAAUGCCAAACAGAAUGGUGCUGGAGGUCGUAAUACGCCCUCAGCUACGAAACAGCAAGGUCAGAGUCAACAUAAGCAUGCCAAAUCGGAACCAUUCAAAGGAAGUUCGGGGGUCCCUCAUUACGCAUCGCCCGUGAACCGGAGCGGGUCUGCAGCUGCGAAUCGCAAUAACAAUAACAACCGCAAUAGCAACAACAACAACAACAACACCAACACCAGGCCAGCGGGAAACCGAACGCAGACUGGUCAGGGUAAUGGCCUUCAGAAACAGGUAUCCCCAGUGAACAACAAAGGCAAUGGUCCCAAGAGACAGACCUCUCAAACGCAAAACAAGUCCAAUAGUCCUAAGAAACAGAACUCUCAGGCGCAGAACAAAACCAAUGGCGCUCAGAAACAGGCAUCUCCAGCGCAGAACAAAACAAACGGCAACCAGACACAAACGCAGACAUCCCCAGCUCGAAACAAAACCAGCAACAUUGUGCCGCCCACCUCACGCCUCGUUGACAAUCCACCCGAAACUCGCAAGAGCUCGCUGAAAAGCACAAACYCAAGCUCACCCGCCGCAACGCAACAGCGAAGCGGAGGAACCCAAUCAGCGGCCGAAAAUCAGAAAGGUCAACAGCACGUCGUCCGCGAACAGCCAAGCGUCUCAAGCUCCCUCCAUAGUUGCCGUUCCGGCCCACCAGGAAGUUCCCGCGGCGGAGGCGGAGGCGGUCUCAAUCAACGUGGUGGUGGCGGCGGCGCGAAUCAGCGUGGUGGUGGCGGCAUGAACCAGCGUGGUGGUGGUGGCAUGAACCAACGUGGCGGCGGUGGGAUGAACCAGCGUGGUCGAGGAAAUGGARGUCCCAUGGACCAAAGGCCGAUUGAAAGGUCGCGCCGAGUGGAGGACAGCGCAUAUCAUGCCGGAUUCCGGGAUGCUGUAGCACAGCUGGAGCGCGAGAGAGAAGGGCCGGCACGAUCGCGUUCACGGCCUCGGGGCAACAAUAUGCAGCUGGUCUCUUGA